AUGGGGGAUCAAGGGUACACAAAAGGGGCUAAGGACCCGGUGGAGCUGCAGCUGGCUCUGAAGGUGUGUCGGAAAGACCUGACUAAAGCCCAGGAGGAGCUCAAUAGGAUGAAGGCAGAGUACUGGGAUGUCGUGCCCAGACGCAACUGGGACACCCUGGAAAAAACACACAAACAGGACCUCCUGCAGUUGAAGACGUUGCAGGGUGACUUUGACCAGUUGAAAAGUGAGUACGACACCCUGCUGGAGCUCCACAAAGGAGGCAGCAUGCAGAUUGAGGCACGCCACCCCGUCCCUGUGCAGAUGGAGGAUAGUUUGUUUCAGGGGCAAAGCCAGAUUCAGUCCGACCACCUCAAAGACCCAAUCAACUCCAAUGCCCCUCAGAGCGGCACACUCACUGUCCAGGAGUUGAGGACGGCCCCGAAAACAGGGUUCCCUCUGAAGUCAGAUCAGGAAAUAGAUGAACUUGUGGACUCGGCUCAAAGUAAACCAGACAGCAGCAAUGACGCCAUCUCCUCUCAGAGACUGCUAGCAGCAUCCGAUGCGAGAGCCUAGAAGAAUCAGAGGAAAAUGUUGCAUCAAACCCCUGUCCAGCCGGCGACUGAUAUAAUGUUGUUGUAUACAUUUGAUAGAUUGUUCGUUAAGGAGGUUGGACAACUAACAGUUUCUGAUAUUUAGAUAUGGCAAAUGUUAUGUACAUUAGUCAUGCAAUAUCACUGUCUGAUCAAAAUAAAACAGUGCCAUUCACCACCAUUGUAUUGGGAGCUGCAAUAGAAGCCUCACAAUGUGGAUUUGGUAAAGGAAAAUGUAA